ACGAAAAACCGAAAAGCCAUUGACAGAAGCGAGCUAAACACUGUUUACAGAAAAAAGGGCGCUCUGCGGCAAAUCCAGUGAAAUAAACUUAAUUUUUGUACAUCCACUUCCAAAAUAUUAAUCAAAAUUGCGUCUGAAAGUUCUGAUCAACAUCACAAGAUGGAUCGGCGAAAGAAGCGCACAUCCACAAAUCAAUAUAUGAUGUACUUGGACAUGAUGGAAAAGGACUGUAUUUUUGCGACUGGUCGCAUUCCUCGCGAUGUGGAAAGCAAUUAUUUACAUAAAAAAUGGAAAGAACUUUCCGAUAAACUAAAUAUGUGCGGCAGUGGACCAACGUUAACUGCAGAGGAGUGGCGCAAGCGAUUAAACGAUUGGAAAAAUACAACCCGCUGUAAAUAUAGACGAAGUAUUUCGGGUGAAAAAGAUGUAUCAUUAACAUCUCUAGAAUUAAAAGCACUUGAUCUCUUCGGCAAAGUCCCAGGCACUGGGAGCGAACCACGUCCUUCAGAAUCUCUGCAAAAGGAAUUACAAGCAGCCGUUGAAGAAGCUAUAUAUGGUGAUGACGACGACGAUGCAAUGCAAGGUGAGAGCGAAGAGCAUGAAGACAUUAUAACACAUACUAUUCCGAACAAUGUGCAAACAACUGUGUCUACCACUACGGGAGGAGCUAACGUUGGAACAACUACAACUUAUCGAACCAUUGUAGUAGAGAAUGCAGCACUUACAGAUGAUGAUCAGAACCAAGACCAUUUGGAGUUCAUCACGCAACGUCGACAUACAUUGGGACCGUCGUCCACAUCUACUAAUGUCGUAGCAACAGGCGUACAAACGGUAGUGACGGCAGCUACGCCAUCCCAAGCCACUGCUACUAAACUUAUCAAUGGUGAAAUGCCGUUAAAACGAUUGCGCACUAAGCCACCCUCCGACCAAGUAAUCUAUGAAGUUAAAAAAGCACCAAUAUCACAUGCACCACGCACCAUUACAAUACAUAAUACGGGAGUAUCACAGGCAGAAUGCAACACGAUACCCAGCAACAGUAGUCAUAAUACGUCAACACAUCUGAUGGGCUUAAGCGCUGUUCCAACGCAUGAUGCGCGUGAAAUUGCGCGCCAACUUAAGCGCAUAGCUGAUAUAAAAGCUGAAAAGUUGAAAUUCGAAAUAGCGCGUUUUAAAUUUAACAAUCCGGGCUUUGUAUAUCAUUCGUCGACAUUAUAGUAUAUUUAUUAUAAUAGAAAAACACUUUCAGCUGGCAGCAUGCAGGCGAAAAAUUAUUCAUAAAAUUUUGUUUAAAAAUAUUUUCUACUUAGUUAUAAAUCGACCCAUAAAUUAUAAUUUACAAAAUGACUAGCAGUAGUAGAUCUAACGCUUUAUAACGCCCUAAACAAAUCUAUUUUGUUCCAAAAAUUUGUCUUAAUUUUUUUGUAUUUAUCGUUUAUCAAUAUUUUUAGGAUAAUUUUAGUCUCAAAGUUAAAAUUAGUCAUUUGUUCAUUGCAAAACUGAAUCAUUUUAUAUUGCUACAAAAAGGGCAAACAUUCUACAAUACUAUGAGUUACACUUACAAAUGCCAUAGUAAUUUUUGAAGAGCGCACCAGGUUUUGUGUUAAAGCCUUUCCACUUUUUCAAUUGCACAUGUAUACAUUUUUUACACAUACAUACAUACAUACAUAUAUGUAUAUCUGAUCAAAGUUAAAUAUCGAGUCUUCUUGCAAACACUUGCAUUAUGAGUAUAUCUAAAUGGAAAUAGGCGUAAACUUGUUUCAUGUAAGAAUAUAACGUAAGUGUUCUAUUGGUUUUAAUUACGCAUUAUAUUUUACUGAAUAAUUAACAAAUGUGCAUGUAACGUAAGCAUAUGCAAUUUUAAAUAAAUAAUUCAACGUAAAAAUGAUUGCUUUUAGUCAAUAAAAGCCAUUAGAUAUUUAAAACCAAGUGCCAUUAUAACCAACUCAGCAACUGAUCAUGUAAACAAUUUGUAUUUUGCACAGCACGCACCUGCAAGAGACUCCGAACGAACUUUGGGCACUUUUUGAUUUGAAUUCGCCAAUAAAAUGGUAAAAAUUAGGGCCAAUGCCAAAUAUUUGGUUUUUGAACAUGUU